UGCUCUAAGGUCCAGGCUCACCUGGGUUCAAAUACAGCUUGAGGACCAUUCCAUUCUGUCAUGUGAAGUAUGAUUGUACUUCUUUAAGAAGUUGUGUUUUUAAAGAUACAUGUUACAUCCUUAAUGUAAAGAUACACUUGACAACAUCAGUGAAGCCAGUCCUGGGAUUUGAACCCAAGACCUUUACGUUUACCCUCAGUUUACAUAUGCUUAACCACUGAGCUACCAGGGCUCCACUAAAUUAAAUUCACCGGGGGAAGAUCUAAAUAAAAACAAUUCUCAUUAAUGAAAAUUGGGCUACAAUUGACCUGCUUGUUGACAGUUUUUUCAAUUGCUCUGUUAAUAUACAAGAAGUAAACACAACUGCGCUUAUAAAUGGUUGUGAUCGCAUCGGUAGAGGCGCACAAAGGGCCGUUACAGCGGUCUAUCUUGCGCAUCAGAGGCCACACACGCAGGCCUCACGCCGCGGGCUGUUUCUCCGGUCUCCCUCUGCUCACGGGAGAGCCCCAAAUGUCCCGUUUAGAGCACUUCGAAGUAGGCUACACAUCCCCCCUUUCAGUCACGGAAACGCAAUUUAUGGCCAUUAUGCAGCAUUAUAGAUUGCAUCUACAAAACUCCUCCAGAGUAAAACGCCUGUAACGCAUGGUGCCCAAAAGCUGUGGGCGGAAUUAGCAGACAGACACACACAUCCCAAAGAGAAAAGGAGAGACAUGUAAGGAGUUUGUUUGUUAGUAUUGGAUAGACUAUAAAAAGAAACAAAACAAAGUCAACAUUCCGACUGCGACCGAGACCACCCAGAAUCAGCCGGGGAGAAAAGGAAUUGUCCGGUGUCCAGUUGAUGACGCCCCGGGUUCAUGCGUUCAGCAGGCGGUAGCCUAUUCGCUGGCCAAGCAAUUAGCUGCCUUAUCGACGCAGGGAUAUGCGGACCACCUCUCUGUACGGAUAGAAAGAGGGGAGGGGGGCUCCUGGGGACCCACAACAAGCAAGAACGAAGCUGGAAUCAUAUACUUCAUUGAGUUCCAACCUGACAUGUUGGUAUACAUUUUCAACUUCACAGAGGUGUUCUUGGAUUGUUUCCUCGCUGCAGGUAUAUGAAGUAACAGAAGUUUUCAUUUAUUGAAUUAGAUGAAGCAGUCUAAUGCUAGUCAGCCUGGAAGCGAAGAUAUGUUUGAUAACUCGCAGUAUCCAUAUAACUGCUUCAACUAUGAUGGAGACGGCUACCCAUCCAGCAGCACGGAUGAAGACAAGAAAAUCGGCCGACCGGCUUACAGCUACAUAGCCCUCAUUGCCAUGGCAAUCCAGCAGAGCCCGGACCAGCGAGUCACUCUGUCUGGGAUCUACGAGUUUAUCAUGAGACGCUUCCCCUUCUACCGGUCCAACCAACGGGCCUGGCAGAACUCCAUACGGCACAACCUCUCUCUCAACAGCUGCUUCAUCAAGGUUCCAAGAACAGAGGGGAACGAGAAGGGGAAAGGGAACUACUGGAGUUUCGCGGCGGGCUGUGAGUCCAUGCUGGACCUGUUUGAGAAUGGAAACUUCCGCCGCCGGCGCCGUCGACGCAACAUGAAGAUGGGCUUCCGGGAUUCGGGCGAGCCGUUUCUCCGCGUUGACAACAACAACAACAGCGACCGUAUCAGCAACAAUCAGCACGGACCCUCAGGCCGGCAUUCUGAUGCAGACUCCUCCCCUUGCCCUUUGACCCCCAGCCACAGACCCACUCAGCCACAGAUCCAGCUCAACCCAAACCAGGCCCACCAGAAUAACAAACCAGAAUCUGAGAUCAAGUUUAGCAUCGACUACAUCCUGUCCACUCCGGCCCCUCCUCUUCCUGGGUUCAGACCCCCUCCUCUCGCCCCCAUACAUGCUCUGGAGCCCCAGCACCUCAACCUGCAUUUCUGGACCCUCUGAGGAUGUUCUAGAAUGAAAGGAAAGAAAGUUCUAGAACAGACCCUAUAGCUCUAUGUGUCUAAAAUGGGAAAAUGAAGGACAUCCAAAGACACAGUUAAUAGUACAAGAGUUGUGUUGACUACAAAGAGAUGGACUGUGAAGAGGUACAGUACAGUGUUCUUUUCUGGAUCUUUGCUGUGCAUGCAGUGGGCCAGUCCAUCAUGCAUUCAUGUACAGUCACUCACACAACUAACUUGAAAUAUGUGUCCAUUCCAAAACUUGUGAUAAUCCACUGUGUCCUGUGCUAGAUUAGCUUUACAGUAUUGGAAAGAAAAAGUGUUUUAUAAAUACUAGGAUCUACACUAAGGAGCUUGGAGGCCAUUUAUUGUCAAUCAGACCACUUUUUCUCCAAUAAUGCUAAUCUUUUCUAUUGACCUUUUCAAACCAGUUAGAAGGCCACAGUCCACCCAACCCAGACAGCCCUAUUCUGAUACCAUUCAUAAAGGUAAGAGUUUAACACUCACAAACUAGGGACCUGUUAACAUUUAUUUCCCUCACAAGGGAUAUCAAUCAUCGGCUGUUUCUCUGCUGUUUGAAGUAGACAUAUUUCAAUUUAACCUUUAUAUUAUGCCGUGACUACAUCAGGACGCCUCUCAACACGCUGUAACAUGAGUGGCAUUUAAUAUAGAAUUACACUUGCAAGGUGAGGCCAAGAUGUGACCCUAUUCAAAUACACAGGGACCUGCCGCCAGAACAGCACUACCCCCUCAACGUCAUUAUAAUUAAACACACCUUAUGCCUCCUUGUAAAUGUGCUGAUCGAUCGGCAGUGUUAAUGUUGCUACUUGAACUGCCCCCCAGCCUCCGUCUGGCUCAGCGCUGCGUUUAUGGAUCAGCAGGUUUCCAUUAACGGAGCCGGUGACGGAGCCUGGAAUUCCGCCGUUCCAAGUCGCUCUGCCCGGCCGUGGAUAUAUUUGGGUAAAUUAACUUAGCAUAAAAUGCUGGGAGGCUGCAGGGGUCUCUUUAAGACACUGGAAGAAAAGGCAAAAGGCAAGCAUGCAGGUUUAAAAGUCAAUGCACAUACAGUAUUAUUAUGGUGUUGUCAGUGAAUGCUGUCAUUAUGUAGCUGCUGGCUAAAGUAACUUGUACCUGUGAAUGGCCUCUAUUAAAGUACUCAUCCAAAUCCCAAACCUUGGUUUCACAGUA